AUAUGCCACCCACACCCAACCUUUUUUUUGUUUAUCAUUAUCUUAUUCUCUUUUCAGUUCCAUUCUUGAUUCUAAUUUGUCCAAAUGUCUGGUUCUGAGUCUGAGGCCUCUUCUUCCUCUUCUCCUUCACCUGGAUUGCCUAACAAGUGUCCUCCUCCAACUGCGCCAAUGGUGCAAUGGGUCCCAAAAUCCACUUCUGAUCGACUGCUUCAGAAAUUCUUUGAUGCCGCAGAGUUUGACUUUGAUUAUGAGCAGAGUGGAUUGUGGUCUCCUCCCGUAAAGCGCACCGUGUUCUUGAGCUCACAAGGUAGAAUUUUCACGGAGCAAGAAAUGCUAGCUAAACUUUCAACUCUAACGGAUGCUCCUACUUCAACACACAAAGCUUGCUGCAGAGCGUUCUGGUGCUUUUGAAGGAUGCCUUGAAGCCAUUCUUACAGUAUAUUCGUGAGGAUUGCAGGUCAAGAAACAAAUACUGAGCAAACAAGAAUGAAGAAACAGAGAACCCCAUUUUUAGUUCUCUUCUCCUUUAUCAUGUAAAAAUGUCCCUUUCUAAAAAAAAUUAAGAAAAUCAAAAGAAUUUUUAAAUAUAAGAAAUAUGUUGUCAUCGA